AUGUUAGCUACGCUGAGCAGGAACCUCGGUGCGCUGGGCCCUGCGGCCAAACAGGCACGUCCGUUUGACUUUGAGGAAGGAGACGUGUACAUGUCGUCUCAUGAGCAUCGCUUCCGCAUGUUCAGCUCUGUGGAGUACGAUGGGCAGCUUUACAUGACUCCUCAAAACUUCAUCGAGUCGGUCACCAUGAGCGAACCCAAAAACAAGAGGCCCUGGAGGUCCCUGGCCAAACAGGAGCUGGAGAAGAUUUUGGUAGAAACUCCCCCAGUAUGGAGAGGAUCCUCCAAACUGUUCCGCAACCUGAGAGAACAAGGUGUCUCUAAUCCGGGGUUGAAACCAUGCUGUCCUUCCUUACAGCCAAACAACCUGCUGAAAAAUCUAAAAAUAAAUAUCCUCUCUUUUUCUCCUCUUGUUCUCUUCUCUUCAUUGAAUAUGGAAACAGAAUAA